AAUUGAUAAAAUUGUUUGACCUACAGAUCCGGUCAUAGUACGUAUAAAGAUAGCAGCAAACGGAGUAAUAAUAACAGUAGGAAUAACUGUUUAUAACGUGCAAAAUGUGUAUCCGUUGGAUUGCCCUUAUAGUUCUAUUAGUAGCAAAUGUACAGAUCAUCUCACCAUUGCCCUCAUCGUCAGGAAGGGAAGUAGCAAUUAGAAAGACUGCCACCUCCAUUUGGGAUAUACUACAGCCGCAUUUUGCAAACUUCAUAAAUACGGUGUUUGCAGACGAACACAUUUUCAAAAACUUUGAUCAGUAUUUGAAAGGCGUGUUUGAUAUUCCCGAGACAACAAGCAACCAAAUUGAGUCAGCAUCAAAUGAAACGGUCGUUUUUGAAAAACGUCCAGGCUCAAGAUGGGGUAGUCAAUUAAAUUUCGCUUCAAACGGUCUUACUGGUUUUCUUGAGGGGGCUUCGAAGCAAUUGGUACAGGCGGUUAUACAAAAUAAAGAUACAUCGAUUAUGAUACCCUCAAGUCAAAUUGGCCUAGCAAAUAUCAUUACCAGCUUUAAGUCAUUUAUUGAUUACGAGUCCACUGAUCAUGAUGAGGAACCCAAAAAAAAGAAGAAAAAGAAGAAGAAGAAGAAGAACAAGACCCAAGAAGUCAUCGCCCCGAAUUAAUGAAAAUUGAGUUAACACGAGCUUGAUUUAUUGACUUCUAAUUUUUGUCAAAUAUUUAUAAUUCGUCUUUAGGUAUAUCCAGGAAUAUACUUGCUUAAUUUGUUAUUGAAAAAAUAAACGUUAUUUUUUAUGACGGCAUAAGAAAAAUUGUGGCAAGUUAUGUUCGUGUACAUAAAAUAAUACUACUGUAACGUAAAUUUAA